UAAUCUGUUUGUGUUGACGUAAGUUACGCGACACGUAACGCUGUUUUCCUUUCUUCUCUCUAUGCUCUAUAUACAGCGGGAAAGUUCGGGUGGCACUGAAUCCUUGCCGACUUGCAGAGCACGCAAGAGAGUAGUGUGCUACCCACACACUCAUCGCGCUGAAACGAAAUUCGUUUUUCGUUUCUGCACUCUCCAAUGGAGCGUUUGGCCAGGUCAGUUCGGGCGUGGCGUUGGCAUCGCCGCUGUUCGUUUCCCUCUUUCCAAACCCUAGCUUCUCGCUCCUCACCUCCUUCUCCCUAUCCCAAGUUUGCGUCUACUUCAUCCGUGUUUGAUGCUUCAAGUUCUAGUGUUUUUCGCGAGGGUUAUUCGAUGCUUCCGGUUGUCUUAGCUGGUAUUUUCGGAACUGGUUUGGUGGAAGCGGCAUAUGCGGAAGACGGUGGCGUCGAUGUCCAAGAAACUGCUAGGAAGGAACGCGAGCGAAUUGAGGAGUUGCUCAGAAGUAGAGAUGUUCAAUAUGGUUCUUAUCCUCGCUUCACAGUGGCCGCCAAAGGCCAAAAGGUUAGUGUUAAGUUUCAAAUUCCCCCUGGUUGUGAAGUUUCACAACUUAUUGCAAAUCUUACUGCACAUCUUGGAACGAAAGUUGAAAGCCAUAGCGGUGGUUCAGACAUGUUAUUACGAGCUUGGGACAGCACAGUUGCUUGGCAACUAACCCUUACUCAUCCAUCCAAACAAAAAAAUAUUCAAGGGAACAAGACAGAUAUAUACGAAGAUGAUAGAGAUCUAUGUAUACUCAUAUUUCAUUCUCUCAUUGGCUCAGAUAAAGCUGAAAUUGAAUUCAUUAAGCAAGGGAACUUGAGUCCUGAAGAGCUUGAUGCUUUCGUCUCUGCUUUACAAUUAGCUGGAAAUGAGUUGAGACAGAGAAACACCCUGGAAAGAAAACCGAGGGAAGAGGUUGAAAUGGUCCCACCUGUAGAUAAAUCUAUUUCUGAACUUGAGGGUAUGGGAGUGAGAAUUUAUGGACUUAAUGAAUCCGCGGGUUUAUCAAAUGCUGGCGAGAUAUCAUGGGACAACAUUGCUGGUUAUGAACCUCAAAAACGAGUAAUAGAAGAUACAGUACUGUUGGCUUUGCAUAGUCCUGAAGUAUAUAAUGAUAUUGCUCGAGGGACUCGUCAUAAGUUUGAGUCAAACAGGCCUCGAGCUGUGCUAUUCGAAGGUCCACCAGGUACAGGGAAAACUUCCUGUGCUCGUGUCAUUGCCAAUCAAGCGGGUGUCCCUUUGCUUUAUGUACCACUUGAGGCAAUAAUGUCUGAAUUCUACGGUAAAAGUGAACGUCUUCUAGGGAAAGUGUUUUCUCUGGCGAACAGUCUUCCUAAUGGUGCUAUUAUAUUUUUGGAUGAGAUCGAUUCUUUUGCUGCUGCUCGUGACAACGAAAUGCAUGAAGCUACGCGAAGAAUAUUGUCAGUGUUAUUGCGACAGAUAGAUGGGUUUGAACAGGAUAAGAAAGUAGUUGUCAUUGCUGCCACAAACAGAAAGGAAGAUCUUGAUCCUGCAUUAAUUAGUCGGUUUGAUAGUAUGAUCGCUUUUGGUUUACCUGAUCAUCGGAAUCGUCAGGAAAUAGCAUCCAAAUAUGCAAAGCAACUGUCCAAAACCGAACUAGAUGAACUUGCAAGAGUUACAGAAGAUAUGUCUGGAAGAGAUAUUAGAGAUAUUUGUCAGCAAGCAGAACGAUCGUGGGCGUCAAAGAUUAUUCGAGGACAAGUUCCCAAGGAUGGAGAAGAAGCACAUCUUCCACCCUUGCAAGAAUAUAUAAUGUGCGCAACGAGUCGACAGGAGGCGCUGCGUAACGCUGCCGCAAACAGGGAGCUCCGAAGCUCUUACCGCCGCAGGAUUCUAAGCGACUGAGACCUUGUUUCACAGUACAAAUUGUUUUUGUCUUGUUUAUAUAUAUCAUCCCCCUUCCCUUGUCACGACUUUAAUUACUUUAUUUAAAUCCUUUCAUUUUUUGAAUAUUUUAAUUGGGUCAAGUAAUUCAAUUUUCUUGGGUUUUAAAAUUUUUGUUUGAUAAAAUGAUUUAAUUUUUAUCAUAUGCAAAUUUCUUCUUUGUGCCA